UGUGUGUCAUGGAGCCCCGCAUUCCACUAGCAAAAGCAGUGACCUGCCAGCAGCCUUUGCUUGGACAGCGGCUUCAGCCAGCGGCUGGCAGGAAUAACUACAAGUCCCAUGACACUGCGUUGAUCCCGCCUGCUAGCUCCGCCCCAGAGCGCCGGGCUUUCCUCCCCUGCUCCAAACGUGGCCAACCGCCAGGCCCGACCCGUGUGAUGUCAUUUGGGCUUCUGCGUCCUGGCGGCCGGAAGUUGGCUCUGGAGUCCCCGACUGCGGUCCAGGCUUCAGAGAGCGGCCGCGAUGCCUUCGUCGCGACUGGUCAGUCAACUCCUGGAACUGUGCUACAUCCUGAAGUCCAAAGACUAGAUCUGAGGAGCUGUGAUAUCUCAGACUUGGCUCUCCAGCACCUGUGUAAAUGCAGAAAACUGAAGGCACUAAAUCUAAAAUCCUCCAGGGAACAUAGAAAUAGCAUAACUUCAGAAGGAAUAAAAGCUGUAGCUUCAUCCUGUUCCGACCUUCAUGAAAUUUCUCUGAAAGGAUGUUGCAAUAUCACUGAUGAAGGAGUCCUUGCUCUUGCACUCAAUUGCCAGCUGCUAAAGAUCAUUGACUUGGGUGGCUGCUUAAGUAUUACUGAUAUGUCCUUACAUGCAUUAGGAAAAAACUGCCAAUUUUUGCAAUGUGUUGACUUUUCAACUACUCAGGUGUCUGACAGUGGUGUGAUUGCGCUUGUUAGUGGACCAUGUGCCAAACAAUUAGAGGAGAUUAACAUGGGAUACUGUAUAAAUCUAACUGAUAAAGCUGUAGAAGCUGUCCUGACUGCCUGUCCUCAGAUAUGUAUACUUCUUUUCCAUGGCUGCCCCCUAAUAACAGAUCAUUCACGAGAAGUCUUGGAGCAAUUAGUAGGAUCGAGAAAACUAAAGCAAGUGACUUGGUCUGUUUAUUGAUCUUCAUAGAGGCUGAUCUGAGGAACUUUCCCAGGAUAUGCUCUAUAAAUAUUUGUUUUUCACUUAAUUUAACACUAAUUUAUUAUUUUAUUGUCUUAGUUAAGCUGUAACUCCCAGAGAACCAGUUCAAUCUUAAUGUAAAUGUUUGUGCUUUUAAGUUAACCAGACUCAGCAUUUUAACACUUCUAUUAUCUCAUAUUUGUUUGAUGAGCCAUCUUUUAUCACUUGAUGGGAAGGAGGCUGGGUUUGUUUCUUUAAUAACAAAAGUUUCAAAUGAUUUAUUUUCCCUUUAUAGUCCAUUCUCUGGUGUAGGUAUUUGAGCUGUUGUAAGAGACAUUAUGGGUAGAAUUCUAAAUAAAGAUGCUUUAAAAAGCGUAA